AAGUAACUAUUGUAUUAUGACCGUCUUCCAGGAGCACCACCAUGUCCAGCGCUGUCCAAGCCUGCAUCUCCAGCUGCCCAGUGACCGCUGAAUACAACCCAGUGUGCGGCACCGACAUCAUCCAGUACCCCAACCCCGGCAGGCUGGGCUGUGCGCAAGCGUGUGGCGUCAAUGUCAGCCUCCUAAGGCAAGGACCCUGCCCGGCCACCACCACUGCUGCCCCUCCCAGUUAAAUAAACUUUCAGAAUGACUAUACAAAACUAUUUUUAUAAGUGUUCCAGUAAAAAUCCUAGACAAAACUGUUGAAUGAAGACCAGAAAUGAAGGUUGUGCCAUAAAUAUUAAUUUUAAGAUCAAUUGAAAUAAAAAUUUUACGAUAAA